GCCCAGCCCCCGCUUCUUAGAUGGCGCCCGCGGCGGUUCGCCCCGCCUCCUUUGCCCGCCUCGCUCGUCGCCCGACUCAAAGAUGGCGGCGGCCGCGGCGGGGCUGAGGCGAUCGGCCCGGGGGCUGCUGCGCUGCCCGGCGGUCUUUAGAAGCCAGUUGUAUCAAUCUCAGCGGACCUUCCAUCCUGCAGUGGCGCUGCAAAGAAUUUCAGAAGAACAGAAACAGCCCCCCUUCCCACCUCCCAAUCCUCCACAUUCAGCAUCUUCUCCUGUGAAUGAAAAGCAUCCAGGCUCACCCCCUAGUUACACAGAUCAGGGUGGUGAACAAUCAGAGGGCUACGAGAGUGAGGAGCAGCUACAGAGUCGGAUCCUGACAGCAGCUCUAAAAUUUGUACCCACCUAUGGCUGGACAAUGGAUGCAAUUGCAGAAGGGGCUAAGUCCAUAGGGCUCUCUGUUGCCGCAGCAGGACUUUUUCACAGUGAUGGCAGCGAACUGAUUCUCCACUUCGUGUCCCAGAGUAACUCCAGACUCACUGAACUUCUUGAGGAACAGCACAAGCUGGUACAGCUUGGUCAACUGGAGAAGAAGAAGACAGACCAGUUUGUAAAAGAUGCUUUGGAAGCGAGGCUGAGAAUGCUCAUUCCGUAUAUUAAAAAAUGGCCUCAGGCUAUGAGCGUGUUGCUGAUGCCACACAAUAUUCCAUCCAGCUUCAACCUGCUUACCACCAUGGUGGAUGACAUCUGGCACUAUGCAGGGGAUCAGUCCACCGAUAUAAAUUGGUACACUCGCCGAGUAGUCCUGGCUGGAAUUUAUAACACCACAGAACUUGUGAUGAUUCAGGAUUCCUCCCCGGAUUUUGAGCACACGUGGUCCUUCCUAUACAACAGAGUUGCUGACGCAAUGAACGUGGGCCACACAGCUAAACAGGUCAAGGCAACUGGAGAGGCCCUUCUUCAGGGAAUUCUGGGCGCUGCUGUUACCUUCAAGAAUCUCAGCGGCCUCAACCAGCGUCGAUGAAGCAAUUUAGCCACUAGAUAGGAGCCUUUGAGCAUUUCUUCUGAGACUAGCAAAGAAACGGUGUCCUGUAAAUCUCGUCACAAGAACGUGAAACUGUCACUUACUCUGUACCACCGUUAAAACAAGCACACCAUUUCAUCUGUCUUGAUGUAAAAAAACUUGGCUUUUUUUGGAGCACGUGGAAUUGCUGGCCACCCUGGUGAUCUAUUCAACCAACAGUAACCCAAAAAAUUAAAUUCUGUGUUUACCAGAACGGGUUUAAGUUUGAGAAGAUGAUAGAAGGGUGACAGAAGUCCUUGAGGCUCCAAAUUCUUUAGGUUUUAGACCCCAACACCCUUCUUUUCAUUUUCCCCACCUGGAUAUCUUAAGUCUGUCUUGGCCACAAACUGACUUAUGUUGUAUUUGUGGAAUUGGCAAAAAUGACCUCCCAGCACUUCUCAGUUUAAAAUCCAGCAUUCUGCUCUGCUGUUUGUUGACAGUGUAUUUAUGGCACUCUUGUGAAUAUAUAUUUUCCUGUAUGUUUGGACACGUCUGUAUGUUCAUUAAAAAAUAGUGAGCAUU